AGUUGUAAUUUUAAAGCUCACGAUGGAGGAUGAAAAUCGGAAUAAAAUAAAUGAAAAUGAAAAACCAAGAUUUUCAUUGGAAAUAAAUAAUUUAAAAUCGUUUGAGACGCCGAGUAUUUUUACAAUAAAUGGAAAUAAUAACCUCAAUAGUCGUGUCGAGUUAGUGACGAUGGGAAAUGAUAACGAUGAAAGCGGUGAUAGUGAUGUGAUAUCUGAUUUAAUAGGGCACAUUGGCCCAUGGCAAUUAUUUUGGGCCGUCAUCAUGUGUCUAUAUCAAUUUCCCACCACGUUUCACAUUUUUUGUUUAGUUUUUCAAGCUGCGUCAAAAGAUUACUGGUGUUCACGACCCGAUCAUUUGAAAAUGAUAUCAGUAGAGGUAUGGAAGAAUUUAACACAGCCCGUAAAUCAAUGUUCGAUGGUUAAUGCUCCAUACGAUGAUCUCGAUGCCUUUAACAUUACAAAUUACUUACAUAAUGCAAAUACAUCAAAUCUCAUACCAUGUAACUCAUGGGAAUUUGAUAUGAGUAUUAUUGGAAAGACAAUUAUAUCCGAAUGGGGAAUGGUGUGUGAUAAGGGAUAUUUAUCAAGUGUUGUUGAGUCAUGCUUUUUAGCAGGCGCUGGUCUUGGGUCAGUUACAAGUGGAUGGAUAAGUGAUCAGUAUGGAAGAAAACAUACUCUCAUGGUCUUUGCAACAAUUCAACUUGUUACAGGAACACUCUUGGGAUUUUGUGAAUCCAUGGAAAUGUAUAUGAUUGGACGAGUAAUUAUCGGAUUUGCGAGUAUGGCCGUUGUUGUUGUUUCGUUUGUUUUAUGUGUUGAACUUGUGAGCGGAAAAUGGAGAACAAUUAUAGGAAUUCUGAAUAUACUUCCGGUAGCAAUAGCUUAUAUCAUGUGCGCAUUCAUCUCAUAUAUCACAUACAAUUGGCGUGCAAUGCAAUUUGUGGUAACAUCUCCAACUUUAUUCCUUUUAAUGUUAUGGCCAGUUGUUCCUGAGUCGCCUAGAUGGCUUCUCUCACGUGGACGAUCCAGUGAAUUAUCAGAAAUGAUUAAGAAGGCAGGCGAAUGGAAUGGAAUUUCACUCCCAGUAAAUUUAGAGAAAAUGUUAUCAUCAUCAUCAGAUUCAGGUCCACGCAUUAGAGUAUCAUUUUUCGACUUGUUCCAAAAAGGAUAUAAACGGACAACAGCAUUAAUGGCAGUCGUUUGGUUUUGCAUUAUUCUCCUUUAUUUUGGAAUUACGUUGCACAUGGGAUCACUCGGUGGAGAUAUUUAUUUAAAUACAAUAAUCGCUGGAACAGUUGAAGCAUUCAGCAUAGCUGCUAGUGUUUUGGUAGUACUUAAGUUAGGUUUACGUAUAAAUUUAGUUAUUUAUCUAAUUGUUGCUGGCAUCGCCUGUACAUUAAUUAAUUACGUCCGUGCUGAUAACUUAUGGCUUACAAUUACAUUAGCAAUGAUUGUUAAAAUUAGUGUCGGAGCAUCAAAUGCUUUAAUACCCACGUAUACUGCUUAUCAUUAUCCAGUUUACAUGAGAAAUCUUGGCAUCGGUGCGGGAAACUUGAGUGCUGGUUUCGCUCUAGUUUUAGUUCCAUAUUUAUUCUUGUUGGAGCAUAUCGAUGUACAUUAUCCAAUGUAUAUAAUGGGUAUAGCAGGAAUAAUUGGAGCUAUUUCAUUACUUUUUAUUAAAGAAAAGUCAUCGACAAUGAAAAAGGUAAACAGUCAAGCAGCAGAAAUCAAUAGUGCAUAUGUAUCGGAAUGAAUGCCGGCAAUUGAGCAGUUAAGAUGUUAAAGAAGAAGAACUGUCAUGAAAUGAUGAAGUCUGUGACAAAUAUGAAGUACACAUACAAUCGAUGAAUUUAUUCAAAUUA